AAGACCAGCCUGGCCAACAUGGCAAAACCCUGUCUCUACUAAAAAUACAAAAAGUUAGCUGGAUGUGGUGGCAUGCACCUGUAGUCCCAGCUACUUGGAAGGCUGAGGGAGGAGAAUCGCUUGAACCCCGGAGGUUGCAAUGAGCCAAGAUCACGCCACUGCACUCCUGCCUGGGUGACAGAGUGAGACUCUGUCUCAAAAAAAAAAAGAAAAUCAAGGAAAUGAUCAUCUUAAAUUAUGGCUAUUGCUGUCCUCAGGGUAUGUGAAGAAAGGUGUAGGGGCUUGGAGAGUGGCAUGGAGGUAGACCUAGGCUAUUUGCAAUGUGACAUGUUUUGCCCGGCAUGAUGGUUGCAUAAGUGUUUGUGACACAUUGCUGUGUUUACCAUUUUUGUUUUCACCCAUUUCUAAGUGUGCAUUAUAAUUGUAUUUAAAAAUUAUUAACUGGAGAAAUGUUCCAUAAAGAAUAUUAAUUAUUCUGCUCAUUAUAUACCUUGCAAAAAAUUCACCAUUUAUACACAUUUUUAUACAACUCUUAGAGAGUUGCAGUAGGAACUUUAUUUUAGCUGCAACAUGUGGAAAUUUGAGAUGAUGCUACCUGCAGCACACAAAUCUUUCCAAACAUUUUUUAUUACCUUUAAUUAUCUACCUCACAUGACAAAACUUUGCCACUCCCCAUCUAUUUUUCUUUUGGCUCCUGAAUUCCUGACAAAACAUGGGUGAAUAUAUUUCCCCACACUCUUGGUGUAGCAUAGUACCUAUACCAGUUAGGUUUUUCUACUAGAGAAAUCCCUCCAGAACUACGUUAGAUAUUUUUCUCAUAUAUCUUUGGAUUCAGGUUUUGUAAGCUGGGUUUGGUGGAUAGCUCUGGUGACUUGAGAUGGGCCAAGUUCUGCAUCUUGGAGCUAGUUAGACUUUGGCCAAUUUAGGAUGGAUCAGGUGCAGGCAAACUGACUCCAUUAGUUUUCAUUCUCAUUCUGGGAGCAGUCUACUAGCCAGGUGAUGAUCUCAUGGUCAAUGGAAAAGAGCAAGAAACCCCAAUGUGGAAGCCAUCUCAAACCUCAGUGUGAAAUCUACCAGUUUUCUGUUCAUCAGAGAAAGUUGUGUGAGUGAGCUCUGUGUCCAGGGGACAGAUAAUCACCCUGCUUAUGGUGGGAGGAUACUGAAAAAUUAUGCGUCAUAAGGUGUGGUACUCAGGAAUAUUUACAAAACUGUUGAACAUUUUAAUUAAAUAAUAAAUAGUUAAACAUUAAAUAGACUUGAGGGUAAGUUUACCAAAUGCUUAAGCAUGAAAGAUAUGUUUGAUGUUUGAUACUUUUUUUGGGGGGGGCGGUGGUGUCUGAAAACACUCAGUUUUCACUGGGAAAAUAGGACUAAUUUCAUGUGGAUGGCCUCCAGGAAACUUACUUCCCAUUUUGGAAAGCAUAAGAAAAUAAUUCCUUCCAUCCCUUAGGGGUGUUACAGUAUCUCUCUCUCUCUCUCUCUCUCUUUCUGUGUGUGUAUCUAUUUAUGAACAUGGUAACAAUAAAUUCACACAAAAGUAUUGGUUAGCAGCAACCAGAUUUUAAGGUGUAUUGGUCUUCUUAUGGUUCCCAGGAAAACCUUGGAUGAUUUUGAUUUAAAAGUUUGGAUUCUGUCUGUUUAAAUCUAGCAUAAAUAGUAAAUCCGUUAUGGUGGUGAUCCUAGUUAUGACUAAGGUCUUUUAAAGAACUUAGACAUUUACUGUAUGAACUAUGGACUUAGGGGCAAAAUUUCCCUAUCUAACAGCUGAAGUUGCUGAAUACAAAUUAUGUAUCGGUUAAACAAGGAAAACAUUGCAAAAUAUUGAAAGAGAAUAUGUCUUUAUUUGCAUGCUGGUAAAUGAAAAUUUAAGUUUCACUUCAACUUCAUUAUGAAUAAUUCAGUCCCAUCACAAGAACGGACAUUGAAUGAAUGAGUUAAUUUGAGCUGUUUUGAAAAUAAGAAUGUUUUCCAUAAAGAUGACAUCAAACUCAUCCAUUAGCAUAAGCUGGUACUUUCUUGUUUGACACUGGUCACAGUAUUUAAAAGUAAAAAGAAUGUUACUGCACAUUCAGAAAUCAGAUGCACAUAAAAUUUAAGGUCAGAGUAUUAAAGAAAUCACAACCAGUGAUAUUAGGUUUGCAUUUUUUUUCUUUUUUUUCUGCUCAGAUAUGAUAACUUUUCUACACAUUUUUUUUUCAAUUCUAAUAUUGGCUUUAUUUGUUCUUGGAAAUUUUGUCAAUGGCUUCAUAGCACUGGUAAAUUUCAUUGACUGGGUGAAGAGAAAACAGAUCUCCUCAGCUGACCAAAUUCUCACUGCUCUGGCAGUCUCCAGAAUUGGUUUGCUCUGGGCAUUAUUAUUAAAUUGGUAUUUAACUGUGUUGAAUCCAGCUUUUUAUAGUGUAGAAUUAAGAAUUACUUCUUAUAAUGCCUGGGUUGUAACCAACCAUUUCAGCAUGUGGCUUGCUGCUAGCCUCAGCAUAUUUUAUUUGCUCAAGAUUGCCAAUUUCUCCAACCUUAUUUUUCUUCAUUUAAAGAGGAGAGUUAGGAAUGUCAUUCUGGUGAUACUGUUGGGGACUUUGAUAUUUUUGGUUUGUCAUCUUCUUGUGGCAAAUAUGGAUGAGAAUAUAUGGGCAGAAGAAUAUGAAAGAAACAUGACUGAGAAGAUGAAAUUGAGGAAUACAGUACACCUUUCAUAUAUGACUGUAACUACCCUAUGGAGCUUCAUACCCUUUACUCUGUCCCUGAUAUCUUUUCUGAUGCUAAUCUGUUCUUUGUGUAAACAUCUCAAGAAGAUGCAGCUCCAUGGAGAAGGAUCUCAAGAUCUCAGCACCAAGGUCCACAUAAAAGCUUUGCAAACUCUGAUCUCCUUCCUCUUGUUAUGUGCCAUUUUCUUUCUAUUCCUAAUCAUUUCGGUUUGGAGUCCUAGGAGGCUGCAGAAUGACCCAGUUGUCAUGGUUAGCAAGGCUGUUGGAAACAUAUAUCUUGCAUUUGACUCAUUCAUCCUAAUUUGGAGAACCAAGAAGCUAAAACACACCUUUCUUUUGAUUUUGUGUCAGAUUAGGUGCUGAGUAAAAGACCUGAAACUCUCAACUCUCUAGAUUCACAAGUGGGACAUUGUGUGUGUAUUCUAGGAGAAAACAAACUGAUAGU